GACGACGACGACGACGACGACGACGACGACGACGACGACGACGGCGACGACGACGACGACGACGACGACGACGACGACGAGGUGGACAACGCAGCGGCGAGACGCGGUCGCGCGACUCCGAGCGUGACAACGACGGCGACGACGGCGACGGCGACGACGACGUCAAGGACGAGGUUCGCCAGAAUCCGAUGCACCGUGAACGCCCGAAUCAGCCGGUGAGUCGUCCACUGGCGACGAGGAGAGGAUCGUGCCAAGUUCCGGUGCCGCGCCACGAACGUGACGGUCCUGGAGCGCAUUGCGGUUCCCAGGAUAACGUUCGCUUGACCGACUGUGAUUCCGACGCGCGACGUCACUGCCAAAAAUAGGGAAGAGAAGAAGAAGAGGUACGUGAUACAAACGCGCCGAUCGCGCUCCUGUGUCUUCGUUCUCUCUGCGGCUUCCGGUCUCUACUUCCUUCUUCGCCUUCCUUCGUCGACCUGCUCCUGCGAAAGUGGACAAGUGUCUUCCACACGUUGCGCCAGAAACAUACGAUUCGUUGUCUCACCCUGAGACCCCCACGUCUUCCGUGAGCUCAGCAAGCUUGGUCCUUUGAAUCAAGAGGACGGGAAUCCACUUCCUCCUUGGACUCGAUCGGCGACACGAAGAAACCAAGACAGAUUGAUCCUUUAUUGCCUUCCCGCCGGCCGAGACACUUCGCUCCGAGAGAAUACUGCUUGACCAGGUCGCCAACUUGACCACGUGGCAUCCUAGUCUACGGCUUCCUUCGUCCGGAUCAACAUCCGCAGAGUUCCCGAGCCUUCUUACUCGUCGCUGGACUAUCCCGUGCUGUCGUUUCCGGGUUCGCUCGCGGUCCGAGCAUCCCUUAGCGACUCUUCGCCUCAGGACACCGCGGGACGACGCCGUGACGACGACGACGACGACCGUCGAGAGGUGCGUGGAGCCGGCCGCGUGUGAUGCGGCGCAGGCAGGGCCGCCGUUGCCUCGCGUCAGCUUGCGCGACCUCGCCGCAAUAACGGCGAAGAUGUUCGGGAAGGUGCCGCCGUCGAACACACCGGGCCCGCCUAAUGGGAUGACGCCCAAGUCGUGCGCGAGACCGGCUGGCACGGCCUCGUGCCUGCCGUGCUUCUCGGCGGAGGAGACCCCGAGCGUGGGCGUCGACGACAAGGCCAGACCUUGGCGGCCCAAAGACAACGUCGUCGGCGACUCGGUGGUCUCCGAGGUACCUUGCAACAACCUGCAACCACCAGCCGCCGCUCCGGCGGAAUCGUCAUCCGCGGUGGAGCUUCCUAGACCUUGUCGGACCGAGGCGACCGCCUGCCCGAAGACGACAAAGUGUACGACCAAAGAAGCGUCACAGAUCGCCAAGAGCCACAAUGCCAGCGCGAAGACGACCUCCGGGUCGUCGUCUCCGGCCGCUACCGCCACGCAGAAGUGCUCCUCUGGCCAGAGUAGCGCGAGUUUCCCCAAGACCACGACGUCCGGCGCCAGCAGGUCACGGAGGCUGCAAUCUACCUCGAUCACCGGUGUUGAAUCAUGCCCGAAGAAGACCGUCGGCCGAGAAUCCGCGAGCGGCAAGGAGCAUCAGACGGGAAACAGAACGGCGUGUAAUGAACAGCAACUCAAGUUUACUCAGGGAUACGCCGCUUCGACGAUCAUGAAGCUACCUUCCACGAGGUCUUCCGAGCUCAUCCAUCCGACGCUGAGCGGGAAAAGGCCUGACAAUGAGGAGCCUCUCGCGGACGCGUCCGCGAUUGACGCGUCCAACGUUCCGAUCGUGAACGAGCUGUGCGCGUAUCAGAAGUCGUCGGCGAAAACGACCGUCGAUGUGAAGAACGACGCUUCCGGCGAUUCCGUGGAGUUGGCCAACACCUGCGAGGACGACUCUUGCGCCGCUGACCUCGUUGCCUCGACACUAUCCAAGGACUGGACGAGGCCCGACAACGACGCGCCACCGCAGGACCUGCCGACCGAGCUGCGGUCGUCCUCGCCGCGCAGCUACAAGGAACGAGAGAAAUGUCGCGAUCCUUGGCGACCCACGGAGAUGGACGGCGGCGGCGUGCAUGGCUUGAGUGUGUGCACCGGCGAGGCGCUUCAGGACUCAAGCUCCAAGAGGCGCACCGGCGCGUCCUGCCAGGCGCUCAGGCACGCCGUCGCGUCGCUCAAUCGCCUGGACGACUUUUACAUGGAGAAGAUCGGCGCGGGAUUCUUCUCGGAGGUGUACAAGGUUACGCACAAAGUGACGAGUCAGGUGAUGGUGCUAAAGAUGAAUCAGCUGCCGGCGAACAGGCCGAACAUGCUGAAGGAAGUUCAGCUGAUGAACAAGCUCAGCCAUCCGAACAUACUCAGGUUCAUGGGGGUGUGCGUGCACGAGGGUCAGCUGCACGCGUUGACGGAGUACAUCAACGGCGGCAGCCUGGAGCAACUGAUCAUGUCGCGGCACACGCCGCUACCGCACCUCGUCCGGAUGAACCUCGCCAGGGACGUGGCCCGCGGCAUGGCCUACCUGCACAGCCGCGGCCUCUUCCACCGCGACCUCACGUCGAAGAACGUCCUGAUCAAGAAGGACGAGUGCAGCAACGAGAUGACCGCGGUGGUGGGCGACUUCGGCCUGGCCGCGAAGAUACCCGACCCCAGCUCGGGCUACCGGCUCAGCACGGUCGGUAGCCCUUACUGGAUGUCGCCCGAGUGCCUGAAGGGACAGUGGUACGACCACCGCUCCGACGUCUUCUCAUUCGGGAUCGUGGUGUGCGAGCUGAUCGGCCGGGUGCCGGCGGAUCCGGACGUGUUGCCACGCUCAGAUAACUUUGGCCUCGAUUACCUGGCCGUGGCGGAGAUCUGCGCGGCCGCCGAUCCGCCGCCCGCCUUCCUGCAGCUCGCCUUCAACUGCUGCACGUACGAACCAAAGUCCAGGCCGACCUUCCCCGAGAUCACGAGCAGCCUGGAGACCAUGAUAACGGCCUGCGAGGAGGAGCUGAAGAGCAACAUUGGCAAGAGACAGUCGGCGGUCGAGCCGACGCUGAUGUCCAGCAUGGACGAGAUCGUGCGCGAGGGACGCACGACGAAGCGACGCACCGCGAGGCUCAGGAGUCAGUCGGCGGACGCGAGAGGUUGCGACAACGCGACGCCCUCCGACAAGGCGAGGUGUCACUCCGCCAGACGGGUGGCCGAGCUCGCCAGCAGGAGGGAUCCGCACUACAGGCCGAUGACGGCGAAUCCGUUCCACGCGCUCGGCGGCGUGAAGAAGAUCCUCGGCGACCUGUUCUCCAGCUGCCUGGAGUUGCCCUCUCUCGAGGACGUAAGGCCCAGCGUGACCGACGGCGCGUGCAAGUUCAAGCCGGCGCAGAACGACAGCAUAGCCAAGAUCCUGGACAGGAAGAAGCCGAGCUCCGAGCCGAGCAGUCCGACCGCCAGGAAGAAGUGGGAGAGGAAGGUCGCCACCAAAGCAGGUGCCGCGAGUCUCUUCACCCAUCCGCUGUUUCGAGACGGCUGGGAGCCGCGAAGGCGCGGCAGCUGCGAGUCGGGCUUCUGGAGCUGCGUCGGCGAGGACCUCAGCCCAGAGCCGCCGAAUCGCCGGCACACGUCGACCCUGAGCAGCUCAGCGGCGAGCAGCCUGUUCUUGCUGGACGACCAUCGGACCAGCUCGAUAUACACCGACUCCUCCGAAGAUAUAGCUAGCUUGGGUGGCGGCGACUCGUCCUGUUGGGAAGACCGGCUCGGAUCGUCCAGCAAGACCAUCUCGAAGAUCGUCGAGUACUUUGAGAGGAAGCAAGCGACGGCGGGGAGUCUGCGAUUGGGCGACCACGGCGACGCCGGUCCCAGUCGCCUGACCUUGCUGAGGGCCAGUCUAGAGGGGCCCGUGCCCAUCUCGGCCGCGCAACGCUUGGUGGUGUGCGAAGGUGCCGUGCGCAGUAAACUCGCGUUAUUCGACAAGAAGUGAUAUUACUGAUCCUACGGGUGAGCCGCGACGCUUAGCGCUUCGGCACCUCGUCGUUGUUGUUUCACGACGCGCGAGCGGCCCGCGCGAGGUCGCCGUGUUCACGCGGAGAAGCCUACUGCGCGGAACGAAACACGAUACCUCGGUCUCGGGAGGGCCUGGCGGCGGGCGGAGGGCCUCGUUGCGGUGUCUCGCGAUGGUAUACGCCGAGGACGUUGCACGCGAUGACGAUAGGUGAUAUAACCCGCGCGCGUUCUCACCCACGCGGAAGAAGAGAAGAAUUAGACGAGAGGAGGAGAGGUGGAAUUGCUAGUAAUCUCUCGGCGUCUCGGUCGGGGAGGAUUACAGGAAUCGCGUGCGCGAUUCGUAGGCGGAGGGAGGUUAGUAGUCGAUACACGCUCGUGGCGUGCUGACGGACGCUUCUCUAAAAUCUAGUAACCUGACUGUGAUGUUUUUUGAUAAUCUACAUACACUAUAUUGAACUGUACGACUGAAAUCUGGCGGAACCAUCAGCACGGGAUCUUUUGUACGCAGCACGAACCGUUUCACAUGAUGCUACACUUGGCUACAACGAUGCGUCGUUCGGAGAUACACCGUGUCCCCCGGAUAUUCUUGUUGAUGCCGAGAGAUGUUGUCCACUGCGGAAAGACAGAAAGAACAUAUGAAACUGAUCUAGUCAGUGUAUUAAUGCGGCGGCCUUACCUUUUGUACGUUUCGUAGCGCUAAAACUUAGUGUCUAGGUGAAUAGAGAUGCGAGCGUGAAUCCGCCGGAUUGGAACCGGGCAUCCUCUGGCACAGCGCAGCGGUUUUCUUUUCUUUUUUUCUUGUUUUUUCCGAACGUCGGUAUAUUUAUACA